AUGACAGACGGAAAUAUGUCUUCAAUAACAGAUUUUAUCCUUUUGGGCUUCACAAGUCAACAUGAGCUUCAGGUUUUGUGUUUUGUUUUGUUCCUAGUGAUUUAUUUGUUCACUAUGCUUGGGAAUCUCAGCAUGAUUGUGUUAAUCAGAAUUGAACCCAGACUCCACACGCCCAUGUACUUCUUCCUUAGCCACCUCUCCUUCUUAGACAUAUGCUACUCUUCUGUGAUUGUUCCUAAGACUCUGGUGAAUUUCUUGGUGGACAUCAAAUCCAUCACUUUUGCUGGAUGCAUGAGUCAACUGUUUUUCUUUGGAGUUAGUGCUUCGACUGAGUGCUACCUAUUGGCUGCCAUGGCCUAUGACCGUUACGUUGCAAUUUGCAACCCUUUGCUCUACACAGUUGUUAUGUCACAGAAAAUCUGUGUAGGGCUAGUGGCUGGGGCAUAUCUUGCUGGUGUGAUUACCUCAACUAUACAUACGAUCUCAACAUUCAGAUUGCCAUUCUGUCGAUCCCAUACGAUCAACCACUUUUUCUGUGAUGUGCCUCCUCUCCUAACUCUGGCCUGCUCAGACACACAUUUCAAUGAGAUGUUGCUUUUUGCUGUAGUUGGGUUUGAUGUCACAACCACCACAAUUAUCAUUCUAGCAUCCUACUUAUCUGUCCUUGCUACUGUCCUGAGGUUCCGCACCACAAAGAGAAGGCACAAAGCUUUCUCUACCUGUGGCUCCCAUUUGGCCUCUGUCAUAUUGUUCUAUGGGAGUGCCCUCUAUAUGUAUUCACGGCCCCCCUCUAGCCUGUCUCUAGAUCAAGACAAGGUGAUCUCAGUGCUGUAUUCUGUUACAACCCCCAUGUUGAACCCUCUCAUCUACAGCAUGAGGAAUAAUGAGGUGAGAGACGCUCUCAGAAAAGUGAUAAGAAAAAAAUUACAGUUGUAUGCAUUAUCACUUACAGUUUUCCAGGGAGGAAUGCAUGCAAAACAAAAUCACACUUUGAAGAGCAAUGUUUCCUGA